UGCAGCCUCGGCCCUUCUGCCGUGAAAAAGGAAGAUGAGCAGCAGCAGCCCACCGACACGGAACCGACACUGACCCGACUCCCUCUCCCAGCGGAAUGUCGGCAGAGCGGCUGCUGACGGACCGGAGCCCGAGCUCAGCUACUGUUCCCCGGCCUUGAGCAGACACGAGUGCCGCUGGAGCCGCGGAGCUCCGGAGCCUGCAGGAGCGGCGGGUGGAGCUGCAGCCUGCCGGGCCGAGCUGAGCCGAGCCGAGCCGUCCUCUCCCGUCCUGCUGACGAUGCUCAGCUGGCUGCAGGACUGAAGCCUCGACAGCACCGCACCCCAGACCAGACCCGAUCUCCCCCUGUCCCCCCCCACCGCAUCCCCUCAGAGCCCCUGCAGGCUGCAGCAUGGAGCGCUCCGGCAGCAUCCAGCUGGACGUCCCGGACUUCAGUAACUCGGUUCUGUCCCACCUGAACCAGCUGCGUGUUCAGGGCCGCCUCUGCGACAUCGUGGUCAACGUGCAGGGCCAGAGCUUCCGUGCCCAUAAGGUGGUCCUCGCCGCCAGCUCGCCGUACUUCCGGGACCACAUGUCUCUGAGCCAGAUGAGCACCGUGUCGCUGACGGUGAUCCGCAACCCGUCGGUGUUCGAGCAGUUGCUGUCCUUCUGCUACACGGGCCGCCUCUGCCUGCAGCUCGCUGACAUCAUCAGCUAUCUGACGGCCGCCAGCUUCCUGCAGAUGCAGCACAUCAUCGACCGUUGCACCCAGAUCCUGGAGGGCAUCCACCUGAAGAUCAGCCUGGCCGAUCUGGACGAGGAACACACGGAGGAGGAGGCGGCACGGGGGUCCAGGGGCACGAGGACCCUGGAGGCUGUGGUGAGAGCAGGCGGCCAUCACGGCGGCCUGCGACUGCUCGGCCCACGGGGAGGUGCAGAGGCGUGCGAGGCCGUCAGCCCGGCCGAGGAGCCGCUCAGCCCUCCGCCGACCGUGGACCACAGCGGCCUGGAGGGGCCCGGGGCCCCCGCCGGCAGAGCGGGCAAAGAACCGAUCCUCCGCAUCAACCGGGCUGGUCAGUGGUACAUGGAGACGAGCAGCGAGCCAGAGCGCGCCGGCAGCGCUGAGGAGGGCAGCGGCGUGGACGGAAUCAGGAUCAAGACGGAGAGGAUGGAGGACUGGAUCGGAGCAGAAGAGCACCAGGAGGAGGGUGGGCCGGUGGAGGAGGGCACCACUGUGAUGAUUGACACGUCGGGACGCAGCACGCUGGUGACGGGGCCGGUGGGAGCGCUGGGGGCCCGGAGCGUCCAGCCGUCCAGCAGCUUCAGUGAGACAGACAGGUUCAGUCCCACCGGCAGCGUGGUCGUCCUGGCUGAGCGUCAGAGAGCGAAGAGCGAGUCUCCCAGCAGGGUGGAUGAGCUGCGGCAGCCCAGCUCACAGGGGGAGGAGCACGCAGCGUUUGAUAUGGGUGGCUACGAGGACUACCUGAGGGAGCAGGUAGGAGACCGCUGGUUCCGCUACAACCCUCGUCUAACCUGCAUCUACUGCUGCAAGUCCUUUAACCAGAAAGGCAGCCUGGACCGCCACAUGCGUCUCCACAUGGGCAUCACGCCAUUUGUCUGCCGCAUCUGUGGCAAGAAGUACACCCGUAAAGACCAGCUGGAGUACCACAUCCGCAAGCACACCGGCAACAAGCCCUUCCACUGCCACGUCUGCGGCAAGAGCUUCCCCUUCCAGGCCAUCCUCAACCAGCACUUUCGCAAGAACCACCCAGGCUACACGCCACAGGAGGCCCACAGCGCGUCCCCGGAGACCACCACCACCUCUGUCACGUCCCGGGGCGGCCCGAGCGACGAGGCCUCCCCCAGCCAAGAGGAGCCCGAGGGCGGGGGUGGUGGCGGGAGCGGCGGCGGCGGAGGCCAGUACAGCGAGGGUCCCCAGGCCUCGGUGUCCACCACGGGUCCCGACUGACCCCGAGGGAGGGAGGAGGGUGGGGUCCGGGUCAGGGUGGGGGGUGCAGACCUGGAGGGCCGGUCUGAUCCUGUUGCACCUGAAGCCAACAGGACGCUGAACCCGCUGAAGUCAAAGCAGCGACAGAAAAAGACACCUCAGAGUCAGAACUGAGAUUUUUCCGCUUUAAACCGCAUCUACCUUCACUAACCAAACCGAACAGAUUAAGCUAAAUGAAGAAAUGCCACACACUCCAACAACCUCAUACACCACACGAUGCAGUGGUCCUCGUUAGCCUCCGUCUACUUUAUGUUACAGAUUUCUACUUUUAUAUUUACAGGUAUUACAGGUUCACAAAGCAGCAUCACAGCAGUCUGUCUGGUGGAAACUUUGCCAAACUACUCAGUGCCAGUUCAACAUUUCAAAUCCUUAAUAUUUGCUUUGAGACAAUCUGGAGCAGCUGGAUUAGUAAUAAUAAUCCUGCUCGCUCUUCAAGUGCCACAACGGCGUAAAAAACAUUCAGUUGCACAAAAAGGUUCAAUGAGAAAACUACGACUGUUAAAGUUCAGGUCCAGUGUGAUUGGAGUUUUUCAGCUUUCCUCUGUUAUAAAGUCCAGCAGACAAUCUGGAUACACGACCCAACUUCAAACUACGUAACUGUUGUUAUGACAUCACAUCCUGCAUCUCAGUCCUGAUCCUGGAAGGGUUUUUUCUUCCUUUUAUCCAAAUGAUCCAGUUUUAAAACUUUUACAUGUGGACGUUUGUCACUUUUAGGGCUACGACUAACUUAUAAUUUUAUUGAUUCAGUUUUGUUUACAAAAUGUCAGAAAAUACAGAAAAAUCACAGAUUUCACAAAAUCAUGCAAACAAGAAAGCCGAAGGUGAAACUCAACUAUCAGAAUCCUCACAUUGGAGAAGCUGGAACCAAAUAAUGUAAUUUUUGGCAUCUUUGCUUGAAAAAUUACAUAAAACAAUUCAGUUAUUAUCAAAAUAAUUGCAGAUUUCUGUCAUUAAUUGACUUGUUUCAGCUCUAAUCACCUUUAUCAAACUCUUCACAUCUAAAUCACCAACUGGAUCCAUACGCACCACUUACUGCAGUAUCUAAAUAUUAGAUAUAAAAUAUAUAAAUCUGAAGCAGAAUCAGUCACAGAAAUGUGAUAGAAAGUUUUUUUACUCAAAUGAAUGUGAAUGAUUGAUAGAAGGUCUAAAGGCAUACUAUACAGGAUUUGGCCCCUCCUCCUCGGCUCGACCAGAGUGAGCUGAGAGGAGAGAGAGAGAGAGCAGCGGUGGUUGAGCGAGAUAGAGAGUGAAUUAAGAGAGCGAGCUGCAUCCUGUCCGCUGUGGUACAGAGGAGAGAUACGGAGCCAUGUGAUCCCGACCUCACACCCUGCGCUGUUAUUGGCUGGCAGCUACACACCCACUGCCCAAAGGCCGACGCCCAGAAACACCCUGAACAGCAAAA